AACCUUCUUUUGAACAACCGGCUCCUGGUUACCAGAUUGUGUUGUGCCAAUGUCAAUGAGUUCAGCAUAGUGUACUGUAAAUGAAGCUAUAUACGGGCAGGUGUGUUUUAUCCCUCUUUUCUACCCCAAUCUACAACAUAAUGGCAUAUCGUUGGAGCUUUCGAAUCCUCAUUCGGUACACCAGGGUACUUAGGACAAACCCCGGGUUUAUGUUUAUAUUAACUGGCAGAGAAAGUUAAUAAGUUAUGAAUGUAACAAUCACCAAUUAUCCUGUUGCGUUGGUAACAAAGUCUAAGUGUGAUUGUUUUGAACCGUUUUGCCAUUUGUAUCAAACGAUUUUGUGCUCAAAAGCUCAAGUUUGGAUUACUUCUCUGUAUCAUGAAGUGUUAACUAUGCUAUAAUUGUUUAUUAUGGUUGAAAAAGAUCGGCCCGUGUCUCAAACUACAGAUCUCAAGCGAUCACAGAGUGUAGAUGUCUUAGAAGGUUCUGCAGAAAGUUUAACCAAUUUCCAAAAGGAAGGACCACAAGAAGUUGUGGUUAAUGAGACGCCUGGAUUAAAUUCUGAAAAUGAAAAAGAUAAGUUUAACACUCUCUGUGAAGGCGUACAAACUGCUCAUUCAACGUUCGACCUCUAUUUAACCGAGUUGCUUACAAUAAAAGACGAAUUACUAAAGCAUUCGUUGCCAUCAAAUCUUUUGAUCAACCUCACAUUAACAUGUUCCAAGCUCUACAGAAGUGCGUCUGAUCUGAGAGCUCCAACGAGUGAACUAAUACGCCUUGUGAGAUUAUAUUCUGCACAAUGGGAAGCAAAGAGCAGUAUAUUCCAGAAAAUUCACGAUGACUAUGAAAGCAAGCAAAGACGUUUAGAUAUUGCCCUAAAGAAGCUUGAACUAGUUGGUGUUGCGUCUGAAAGAGUCGAGAAAGAAAAGAGAAUAAGGAAUUGGGAGAAAGUAUUUUCAAAAGUUAUGAGUGCCAAGAGUCAUGGUCACAGAUGGAAGUUUUUAAUUGGAUCUUUAAAAAAGAAAGCGAAAACGGGAGAAAUUCUUUCCAUACCAUAUCCGUCAAGUUCGGCUACUGAUGGGGUGCAGAAUGAGUCUAAAGAAGAACCAAUUAUUCCACGUCAUCAUCGACGAAAUGUGCGAAGUUUGCGACAUCAAACUUUAUUACGACGCGAGGCACAUUUUGAUGAAAGUAGCAAAACAAAUGAUGACCUGCAUGAGUUGCCGCAAAGCCGGGAAGAAAGUGAAGUUUCAUCGGAAGACGAUGCUCAGACUUUGUUAGGAAUGAAAAGAGUCAAUCGUAAACAUGGAAUGAUGCCAGAUCCGGUUGCAUCAAGAUUUAAAUCCAAGUAUCCAUUUGAAAAGGAAUCAGGUCCACCCGAAUUCUCCAGAAGGUUUAGACCCGCGAGAGUCGAAAGUCCAACUGGCGUACGGAAUCUUACCAAUUCAAGAAACCCAGCCAACCGACGAUUUCUCAAGAAAAAUGUUUCAUUUGUCGACGAGUUACCUGAGGAGAACAAAUCAAAAACAUGUACAAAGGAAGAUAAAAACGUGGGGACUGGAGAGACUGACUAUGAAAGAUUCUUGCACGUGCGAAUAUACAAACCUGAAUGCAAGCUAGUUUCGGAACCGAAAUGCACAAUAUGCCUUGGUGAACAAGUAUUUAACAGCAGAGUUUACAACAACGAUGAGAAUUUAACGACUGCAUCCGAAGAUAACAGAUAUCAGGAAUUCGUAUUCACUUUACCCCCAGAUAACGUGUACGUGCAAGGACAGGGUAUCACAAACAUUGAAUCGCUUCAGCUUAGAAUAGCAGUUCAGGGCGAAGGUGGAGGACAAAUAGUUGCGAUGUCUACUAUGGGAUAUGAUGAGCUUAAAAUUUCGCAAAGCGAUAUUGACUCAGAACAGGAAACACCUAAAAGAUAUCCAAUGUUGUCUCUUGUGUCAGACAAGGAAACAUUGUUCAAUUCCGUUGUCGGUCAUGUUCCAGUUAUUUGUUACCAGACAAAGAAAGAAAGAUUGCGAUCAUUUGAUGCAACAUCACAAACCUUGUCUAUCACAGAAUUAAUUGAUGAAGCAAUGGCGGCCAAAAAAAAAGAGGAGGAAACUCAGGAAAGCAUAAAUGAAAUGGAUGCUGAUGAGGAGAAAAAGAUCUACACCGAAGACGAUUUUGAAGAAAUGAGAAGCAGACACAUUGAAGAGAUACAAGAUUUAAGAGAUGAAUACGAAUUGCAAUUGCAAGAGAUAGCUCGUAUUUCAAUGAGAGGAUCUCCAGAUGGAUUCUCAACUACUUCAGCUGAACCCAAAUUUCUCAACGCUUGUACAUCUCCCAUACCACAAAGUGCAUUAUCCUCUACGAUACAGUGUUCCCGUAAAAGCACUCCACGACCUCGCACAGCUGAUGGCAGGACUACCAAAUCACCGAAGAGCAUGAAGAAAAUCAAAACAGGUCAUGUUUUACCAGAAUGGGGUAAAAAUCUUCCAGAAAAUUUUUUUGAUAGACUAGAACAAUUUUCCAGAGCAAGUGCUAAACAUCAUCAGGAUUUGAGUGAAAAGACAAAGAAAGAGGUUCAGGAAAACUAUGAACUUAAAAUGGCAACACAAAACCGACUAAGUGUUGAAGAAGAUGAAUUGGACUUAAAUGAUGUUUGUCUUCCUGCCUUAUUCAUGCCAUCGAGAAUGGGGACUGUUUAUUCUCCGAAAGCAAGUUUAUAUUUUCAUCCAUCAGGGGUUUCUAGAGGUCGUUUCACUCAAGCUCCGUCGGUAUUUAAACUACCUUCUUCUGUAGAAAGAAAUUCUUCGUCUGUUAUGAAUCUAUUUGAUAUCAGUCAAAAUUUUAUAACCCAUGGACCGACUUGGCUAUCGAAUGGCUCUCGUCCGCAAUCAGCUCGAAUAGCAGGAACAAAAGAAGAGAAAAUAUUAAAAUUGUCUUAAAAACGGCAGUCGAUUUCGACCAGAACUGUCAGAUUGGUCUCAAUGCGAAGUCAAUAUCCGGAGGUAGUUGCCUCGAGAGUGGAGCGCAAGGGGUUCAGGGGUGCGACAACCCCAAAAUAGACACAAAUUUUGUCCCAAAAGUUUAAAGGCCCGUUUACACUUGGAUUUCUGGCAUUUCUGCUUCGAUGACAUGUUAUGUGCGAUUUUCCUCUUUUCAUUGAUGUUAACCAGUAAUUAGUUACGAAUGCUCUGAUGUAUAAAUUAAGGUGUUUUUAAUAGAAUCAACUUGUAUGCUGUUAAGACACAACAUAAAAAACUUGAUUUUACAUCGAGUGGACUAUAUAAAUAUAUAUGAUUAAGAAUUGGUAAUUAUAUUUACAAAUUGGUAAGAUUACUAUUAUUAUGUACUACAAUGAUUUAUAAUAAAUAUUUGAUACUUUUCGUAUAAAUGGGUGAACCACAACAAUGGAGUACUAUAUGGUAUUAAAAGUUAAAAAAAAUUGUUUAAGAACAAUUGUCAAAUAGUUUACUGAUUGACAUAUAAAUGAUUUAGCAAAUCUGUCAAAUAUAAGAACUCUUAUUUGAAUAUCAGUGACUAAUUCACUCAUUUACAUCUAUCAAAGGAAGAAAAUCGCACAUACUGUAAAAUCGCAGCAAAAAUUGCAAGUGUAAACGAACGGUGAUGAUGUGAUCAUAUGGUUACAAUUUACUUCAUAUUAUAUACUACAUAGGGUGUUACAAGAAAGUAGACGUUCUCGAUCAGACUCGAUGGUCAUUUGGGAACGGUUCGCCAGAUUUCAUCAGUAAGAAAAAACACUAUUUCAACUAAACGUUAAGCUCUAUGAACAAGCAGGCGAUAUCACCGUUAGUUUCGUUAAUCAGUGUCUUAAUCAUAUACUUAUUAACCUUCAUGUGCUCAAUUGAAUGAAUCGAUAAUGACUUAGCUCAGGAAAAUCUGAUACCAACAUUCUACCAUCGUAGAUCGAAGGUAUAAAGAGUCACCAAUGCUAGAAAAACUAGAAAAUCGCGUGUAAGCACUGAUAUAAUGUGAGUAUAUGGGCGCUUUGACGCUUUCCUUUAUACGGAAAAAACGGUUUGAACGGUCCUGUUGUAUUUCGGUAUAGUCAGAUCA